AUGGCAGACAACACACGCAUGCGUGAUAUGCAGCAGCGACUGGAAGCACUGGAACAACAGUUCCAUGCAGCAGAAUUGAUCUGUGAACAACAACACAUGGAUUUGCAAGAAUCGCAAUUGAUCUGUGAACAACAACACAUGGAUUUGCAAGAAUCGCAAACCCAGCUGCAUGAAUCUCAGCAGCAAAUACAAGAAUCUCAAAAUCGGUUUCAUCAGGAUUUAAAUCGCCUUAUUGAACUUCAGCAAAACAAUAGAGGCAUAUUGGGUACUGGUCCAAAUACAAACCACAACACUGGUGGCAAAAAUACACGAUCGAGACAAGUCAAAUUGGAUUUUCCACGAUUCUCUUCUGGAGAUCCCACCACAUGGAUAACAGCUGUGGAGAGGUAUUUUGCCUUCUACCUAGUUCCCAUUCCUGACCGUUUAAAUUUGGCUGCAUUUCACUUAGAUGAGCCUGCGACAAGCUGGUUUUAUGGCGCAGAUCAAAAUGGCUUAAUGCCGGAUUGGCGUACUUUUUGCACAGCUUUGCUUCGUCGCUUUGGUCCCUCUGAAUUUGAAGAUCCCGCUGGCACUUUGGAGAAAAUCCAACAAACCGGAUCUGUUCUUGACUACCAAUCAUCUUUUGAAAAAUUGGUAAGUAAGGUUCCAAGUUUAUCUGCUACCUUACUACGUAGCAUUUUUAUUUCUGGUCUCAAACCACACAUUUGGCGUUCUGUUCUUACCCUCAGACCAAUAGACUAUCAUGAAGCAUUUUCCUUAGCUAGGGUAUUUGAAGAUCAAUCGAAUAAGCACCGACCAACACGCUCUUGGACAACUGCAUCUAAAACACCUAACCCUCCACUGCUUUCCAAUACCACCACUACUAAUCCCAUUCCAGCCAUACCCAUACGUCGUCUAUCUCAAGUAGAGAUGCAACAAAAAAGAGAGAAAAAUCUCUGCUACAAUUGUGAUGAAAUUUUUUCUUUCGGUCACAAAUGUAAAGGGAGACCUGCAUUAUUAUAUUUAGAAGGAGAAGAGGAAGAUCCAGAUCCUGGACCUAUGAACGAGACAGAUGAGAAUCAGACAAAUGAAGUCACACCUGAAAUCAGGUUUAAUGCACUGUUUGGUCAUCAGAGUUCAAGAUCAUUUCGUCUUACAGGAGCAAUCAGAGGCAAAAAUGUCCAAAUCCUAGUGGAUGGGGGAAGUACCCACAAUUUUAUCACUAGUCGUAUGGCUUUGUUUCUUAGUUUAACCAUGCAUCAUAUUAACCCCUUUCAAGUGCAGGUGGGAAACAGUGAUACACUACAUUGUACUGCCUCGUGUAUUGGAGUUCCGUUGAAUUUACAAGCACAGAUGUUCACGGUGGAUCUGUUUGUUUUAGAUCUCAAGGGGGAUGAUCUAGUUUUGCGUAUUCAAUGGUUGGAAACGUUGGGCCCUAUCCUAACAGACUAUGCACAAAUGAGUAUGUCCUUUUCUCAUAAUAAUUCCACUACCAUCCUUCAAGGUGACCGAACCAUCACCCCUACUCAAAUUUCGCAGGCCCAAUUCCACAAGCUCAUAGCCCAAGACUCGGUAUCCUCUUAUUUCAUUUGCCUUACCAGUACCGGUCAUGACCCUACACCACAUCAACGACAAUUGCUACUGCCACCAACGGUUCAUCAGAUGUUAACCCAAUUUCAUGACCUUUUUGAUAUUCCCCAGUCCUUACCCCCUGAUCACAAUACUAACCACCAUAUCAAUUUGUUUCCCAACUCAAAACCAGUCCAGGUCCGUCCCUACAGAUACCAUUACUUCCAAAAAAUGGAAAUUAAGCGUAUGGUAUCAGAAAUGUUGACCACUGGGGUGAUUCGCCCUAGCCAAUCUCCGUUUAGUUCCCCAGUCCUCUUGGUAAGAAAAAAAGAUGGAACAUGGAGGUUUUGUGUGGAUUAUCGAGUGCUUAAUGGAAUAACAGUGCCAGACAAAUUCCCCAUUCCUAUUGUGGAUGAGUUAUUAGACAAAUUACAUGGAGCCCAGAUUUUUUCUAAGUUAGAUCUUCGAUCUGGUUAUCAUCAGAUCAGAAUGAAUCCUGACGAUGUCCAUAAAAUCACAUUCAGAACCCAUAGUGGCCACUUUGAAUUUCUGGUAAUGCCUUUUGGCCUGUCCAAUGCCCCAUCAACGUUUCAGGCAACUAUGAACCAUGUAUUUAGCAAGUACUUGAGAAGAUUUGUGGCUAUCUUCUUUGUCGACAUUCUGGUGUAUAGUCCGUCUCUCCAAGCUCACGUAGAUCACUUGAGACAGGUAUUGCUUACACUUCGUCACCAUCAGUUCUUUAUUAAGCAAUCCAAAUGCUCUUUUGCAGUGAAGGAGAUUCAGUUUCUGGGGCAUAUUAUAUCAGCUUCUGGGGUAUCUCCUGAUCCAUCCAAGGUCAUGGCUAUUCGUGAAUGGCCCAUACCCCAAUAUGUCACUCAAUUAAGGGCCUUUUUGGGCUUAUUUGGAUACUAUCGACGGUUCAUAAAAGGGUACGCCUCUGUUGCAGCACCACUUACUGAUUUGUUAUCUAAAGAUGCAUUCGAAGGGACAUCACAUAUAGAACAAGGCUUCAAUACUCUCAAGGAUCUUCUCACCAAUGCUCCAAUUUUGGCUCUGCCAAAUUUCAUAAUCCCGUUCACUUUAGAGACGGACGCGUCAGGAGUGGGCAUUGGAGCAAUGUUACUGCAGUUGGAUCAUCCCAUUGCAAUUUUUAGCCGUAAAUUGUCUAAACUGAUGCAAGCAAAGUCUAUACACUACCGGGAAAUGUAUGCCAUAACUACUGCAGUAGCAAAGUGGCGACAGUAUCUGUUGGGUUCACCCUUUGUUAUUCGAACAGACCACCGCAGUCUACAUCACUUGAUGUCACAAGUGAUCCAAACUCUAGAACAACAACAAUUUCUUGCAAAAUUGUUGGGGUUCAAUUAUUCCAUACAGUACAAGCCAGGCAAAUUAAACACUGCAGAGGAUGCUCUAUCCCACCAACCGGAGUUGUUGCCCACUACCGGCAACGAUCCUACACUUAUGGCACUCAGCAUUCCUACAUCUACAUACAGUUCAACCAUACAGUCCGAGAUACAAAAGGAUGCCUAUGCUAAUAAAAUCUUACAAGAACUACAGACAAAUCCUACUAAGUGGCCUCAUUGGUCGUCUAGGAAUGGGGGAUUCACUGAUAUUCUUGUAGUAGUGGAAAAACUUACCAAAGGAGCUCAUUUCAUGGCCUUACCACCAAAGCAUUCCGCAACAAAGGUAGCUCAAGGGACUGCGCUUCACUUUUCCUCUGCUUACCACCCUAAAUCUGACGGUCAGACAGAGAGAGUAAACCAGAGUCUCGAACAAUACCUCCGUUGCUUCGUGCAUAACAACCAGUUAACAUGGCAUCGUUUCCUCAGUUGGGCAGAGUUCCACUAUAACACUGCAUAUAAUCGUUCCACGCAAACCACCCCAUUUCAGGCCACGUAUGGACGUUCUCUACCUUGUCUUUUAGCUUACACCCUGGGACCCACAUCCCUUGAAGCGGUGGACACAGGUCUCCAUCAACGCACGAUGGCCCUAGCAUCAUUGAAACAGAAUUUAAAAAAAGCACAAGCUUUAAUGAAGGCACAAGCGGACCGCAAACGUAAAGACCAUACCUUUCAAACCGGAGACCAAGUACUCUUGCGACUUCAACCAUAUCGUCAGUUCACUGUACACCGACGAUCGUCACACAAGCUGAGUCUACAGUUUUAUGGUCCUCUUGAAGUUCUAGAACGGAUCGAAAAGGUAGCGUAUCGUCUGAAACUACCUGAAGGUUCAAGAGUCCACCCGAUCUUCCAUGUAUCGCUCUUGAGGCCUUUCCACCACAAGAUCCAUCUUGUAACCGCGGACCCCCGAAGCACUCCACCGAUGCAUGUUCCAGCAACUGUUGUAGCUCAACGCGUUAUAUGGAGACAGGGUCGUGAGAUACCCCAAGUACUCAUACAAUGGCAAGGACUGCCAUCGAAGGAGUCUACUUGGGAAGACGAAAAGUUGGUGUUUGGGAAAGGAGUUUCAAAGAUUCAACCUUUACCGUUUCCUUUUGACGGCAAGAGUAAGGAGGUUGCAGAAGAAACAACGGCUAAAGGAAAUGUAUUGGGACAUCCAACUGAGAUGGGUUUCGAGGACAGCAUUAAUUUAGCCUCAGUUCCAGCCAAUCAAAGCGAGGCAGCUGAAGGUCCACGUGCCUCUCCCAUCAGUCAAGAGUCAUUAGCCACCAGCUGGCUCCCACCCACGUAA